GAGGGAAUGAUCCCAACUUACCAUACUCGCAAGCCAAAUUUAUGGCCGUGAUAUGGUACUGCUUGUGCACUUACACUCUCGGUGAAAAUUCCUACCUAGCUUCUUGACAAUCUGAUGUCAGCUUUUGUGGCUUCAGAUGUGUGAUACCAAAGUUGUUUUGAAUACUACCAUUCAUGGACAUCUAAUCCUGAUACAUUUUCGCCCUCAUAGGACGACACUACGACCAUUUAGGGCGUUCACACAUUUCAUCCACUGAGAACCCCGUUCACCCGCCCGCGUCACUCUGAAGCAUCGAUUAUUACUUUGUGCUCACUCUGCGACCCAGCUCAUCAGCCAUCAAAAGAAAAGAAGAAAGCUAACUUACCGGCAAACCCACCACCGGCUUCUCACUCAUACUCCAUGAAUUUAAGCGCAGAGCUUUGACCUCGCCUUCAUAGAAGGUUAAGCGACUUCAUCUGCACCUACGAUUCUUGUAAGGAACUUGGUUUGAAUCGCCGCGACAAAGCCUUUUGCCCUAUUUUGCGCAACAUUACCAUUUUGCUCUUGAAGUAUAAUUAUGGCAUUCGAGUCCGGCACAGCAUAUCCGGAAUCCGAUGCAGACGACGAGUACGAGAGAAGUGUGCAUAACAGUUCCCCAGUCCUCGCCAACGAUUCAGAGGAUUCCGAUGGCCUUUCUUCCAGCGAACACACCCCAACUACAUAUGGUAACCAUGGCAUCAUGGAUUCUUUACCAGAUGCCAUCAUAACGGACUGGACUGCAGAUGAUUGCGCCGAUUUUGUAGGUAGUCUGGGACUGCGGCAGUAUGGCGAUCAAUUCUUAGAAAACGAAAUUGUUGGGGAAGCAUUGGUAGCAUUACAACACACCGACCUAAAGGAGAUGGGAAUAGCAAGUGUGGGACAUCGACUCACGAUUCUUAAGAGCGUCUACGACAUCAAGAUUAAGCAAGAUGUGCCUAUUGAGAGUGACCACUAUGUGCCACUUUCAGCGGAUGCCGAGGCCCAGUAUGCCACUGCGACACUCAAAGAUAUCAAAAACCUGGUCGAACAACUAAGAUUACGAGACGAACGAAUGAGCAUUGCAGAGAUGGAAUUACGAAGGCUGACUUCUGAGUACACUCGAUUGAGGGAAGAUCUCUUACCGGUAUUUCGAAUGCAUAAGGAGGGGCAGCCGCUACCUUACCACCCUCCUGGGACCAACAAUCAAAGCCCAUAUUCUUACGAUAAUAACAAUACGAUAUCACCUCCCGCACCUACACCCUCUUCAAGUCAAUCAGGAGGACUCUCGCGAAAGUUCUCAACAAAAAAGCUGUUUCUAGAAUCAACGCCAAAGAAUGCAUCUCCUACAUUUAAUUUACAAUCUAGCCAGGAUAGAUCUAUGAUGGAACACGCUCUCGAUCCUGCAAAUGCUGCCGAGCGGGCAGUCCUCUCUUCCUCACACCUUAAUGCUAUGAAUAACGGCUCUCAAUCACUGUCACCUGGACAACCUUCGCCCAAUCAACCCUCCCCGACUUCCCCUCCUUCCCAUAUGAGUGGAUCCACUCUAGCCUCACGCUCGUACCGAUCAGACCAACAACCGACACCAGGCCGCAGCAAUUUCCCUCAAAACGAUAACGACCAAUAUCCCCCAUCGACAUACUCUCGCGAUAGUACCAAACCCGCGCCUUCACGGCGAGCCCAAACACCGGCUCUUGAACCACCUUCUGGUGGGGGUGGUGCCUCAGUCGAAAUAUUCAAAUCAUUCCGCGUUAGCAUGGAAGAUCCGUGCUACAAGGUUUUACCUGCUGCAUUAAAAAAAUACAACAUCAAUGCACCUUGGGAACAAUACGCUUUAUACAUCGUCUAUGGGGAUAAAGAAAGAUGUUUGGGUAUGGAAGAGAAACCGCUGAUUCUAUUUAAGCAAUUGGACAAGGAAGGAAAAAAGCCUAUGUUUAUGUUGAGGAAAAUCAGCCCCAAUACGGAACCUGGAAUACAAGAUGUCCCUGGAAGUGCAGGCCUAGAUGGUAGAAAUGGCGGGCGCGGUGGAAACAAUUCCAUAUACGACCCUCCUGGCGGCAUUAUAUGAUCUAGUCGAUAUUUUGGAUUGGACAUUAUUUCUUGGAGUUACUGCACUGGUUUACACUGCAUAGCGAAAGUAGGCGAUAUGACCAAUUUUUGGGAUAGUGUAUGUGUAUUGGAAAGGGAAUUUUGGAAAUUACAAUUCAGGGUAAAUCCAGUUUAUUAUUUUUUCGGCUAGCUAGCUGUUUUGGUAUCUUUUGGUCAUAUUUUUAUAUGAGGCGUAUCAUGAGAUGAAUGGUUGAAUACUCGGUUUUUGGUCGAAUUCGACUGUGGGAGGGAGUUCUUGGAUGAAACUCGUGGUUGGGACAUACGGGUAGCCGAUAGGGACAAGUCAAUCCAGGGAAUUUUCCUUGGAUCAAGCUGAGAGGGGCUGGGUUGGCUUGCGUGGAAAAGGAACACUAGGAAAUAGGAAGACAUUCAAAUCAAAUACAGAAGAUUUAUUGGAUAUCCAACAGAAAUCUAUAGAGAUUUACGGAGGUUUACACAGAUUCAUCAAUUGUCAACUUUUCUGUCUUGACUUGAGUCUUUAGCUAGGUUUCAUGUUGAUUAGUAGGGAUUAACAUUCGACUAAUUGAUCUGGGUAUCCUGUCUAUUAGACAGUCAGCUUUGAAGCACUUGAUAAACAUUUGGAAAAGUUCUCAUGCAAUGCGUUGAGAAGCCUGUCUAGAUUGAAAUCGGAAGCUAAUCAGUAUACGAAGGCUCCCUCGGGCAAAAGAGUACGUAACCUGAGUAUAGCAUCAUAGAGAACCAAACUUCGAAGCAGCGAAUUAGCGAAUUAGCAUGCUGAACUCCCUGGUGAUGAUACCA